UUUUAUUUUUGUCAGCUGUUGAAGCUAGCCACACAGGAGGGUAUCCGUAAAUAUUCUUUCAAAACAUCAUGUGAUAGAAAAAUGGCUACCAAGAGGUCGAGGAUUGAUUUGGACCCUGACUACCAAGAUGUAACAGAGCAACAAAAUAAACGACAGCGAGUUUUAGAACAAGAUGCCAAAGUUGCCACACGCCUGAAGAUAGAAAAUAUCAUAAAAAAAGAAUUUGCUGCUGAAAUACAUAGCAGAGAGAUGGAAAUAGAUUUGAUUGACCAGAGGCUAAAUCAAAGCAGAAUUAUCAUGGACAGACUAAGAGCCUGCAUCGUGGCUAAUUACUAUGGCUCAGCAGGUCAGACCAAGUUAUGGCAGGGUAAGACAUCUGACCCGGAACAGGCGCCGUCUAUUCAUCCAGCAGUGAAACAACAUCUAGGCAAGGCACCAAAGGGACACUCCAGUCUAAUUUGUGCUGAUGACAUCAAAACAGAACCAGGAACUGAGCUGCUUUCUGCUGUCUCUGAGAGUGUUACUUCAACUCGGUUGUCAUCAUCUAGCCAUUGCAAGGAGGAGGAAUCAGAAGAAGUCAAGGAUGUUGUCAAGGAAACAGGUGAUGCUAUCCCAGCCAGUGGUCGAUCAAUAAGUGCUAAAGUGAAGAAGAGAAUCAUUGUUGGCAAUGUGUCCAAGUACAUUCCAGUGGAGCGACGUGAGGAGAAUGACCAGCCCACACACAAGUGGAUGGUGUAUGUUAGAGGACCCAAGGACCAGCCCCAUAUUGACCACUUUGUUAAAAAAGUCUGGUUUUUGUUGCACCCAAGCUAUAGGCCUAAUGACUUAGUGGAAGUCAGUCAUCCUCCAUUCCACUUGACAAGGAGAGGCUGGGGGGAGUUUCCUGUAAGAGUUCAGCUGCACUUCAAGGAUACAAGAAACAAACGCCUUGACAUCAUCCACCAGCUUAAGCUGGACAGAACUUACACUGGUUUGCAGACUCUGGGAGCAGAAACAGUGGUUGAUGUUGAGCUGGAACGAGACUUAAUUCCAGAGAGAACAAAGCAGGGUAAAUCUGUGAAUAAGAAAGAGACUUCAAAACAGGGCUCCGCCUCAAAUGUGAAUGGUUAUACCAGUGAAAAUAUGGAGACCAAGCAGGAAGUGUUAGAUGUAAAUUACACGAUCAAGGAGCAAACAACACCAAAGAAAGGAAAUAUGGCUGACAAAAAAACUCCGCAAAGAGAGACAACUCCAUCACAGAUUAAAUCUCAGGGAAACAAUGACAAUGGAACAGGCAUUGCCAAUCUUUCAAAUAAGGAAAACUGUUUUAUUAAAAGUGCUGUGGAGUCUUCAUCAAGUCCUGUGUCUCAGAAAUCUAAAAGCGCUGUGAGUGGAACGUCUUUGAUAAAGUGUAUCAACAAUGUACAGGGACUCCCUGUAAUUAACCCAUCCAACUCUUUUUCUAAUACAUUAGUGGUUGGAAAUUUGCUGGUGAAUUCCAUGGAUGGAAAGACUUUCCCUCAGGCAGGCACCGUCAAUCCUCAGGCAGGUAUUAUCAUACCUCAGAGUGGUGUUAACAGGUCCCAGGCUUCUCCGUCACUGCCAUCUUCUACCCUGCUACUGUCAGGCUCCUCAGGAGUACAGGUGGUAUUGGGCGGGUUUGGAUCUAUUUCAGCAUCAAGUGUACCAAAAUCAACAGUGACAAAACCUCCUAUUCAGACUGGGAAGUCUCUUCUAAAGAAAAUGUCUGAUUCCCGAUCAGUUACAACUACUGUUAAAACUGCCUCUACAUCUGUAGCUUCUCCAUCUCUGAUACAAUCUGGAACAGUUAACAGAUUGGCUGGAGCUCAAAGUCCUUCUUCAUUUGUACUACAAGGACUGGGCUCACUAAGUGGAACUGCAUCUCCAUGUGCUACAGAGAGUACUGGAGCAAAACAAGUUAAACCAACUGUGCAAGGUGCUACUGGGACUGCUACCAACAUAAUCAUGGCUGGUCCCACUUCUGGAACAAAGUCACCAGCUUUUCACAUAGUUACUUCUAAUCAAGCAGAAAGCAGUGGAUCACAAGGUCAGAUGCCAGCACCUGCAGGCAAGGUGGGUGGAGCUCAGACAAAAGAGUCUGUCAGCCCCAUGAACCUACCCACACCACCUCAGACUUUGUAUGUACGAUGUAAAGACAGCUCUGGAAAUAUCUUCCUCGUACCACAUCAUCUACUCAAACAAGUGUCAACCACUGCUAGCAAAACCUCAACCCAUAAUACCUCCUCCACACCCUCAUCUGUUAUUUCCAAUGUGUCUCCAGGCCCUUUGGCAAGUGUGACUUCUUUUGAAACUGGAGUUACUUCCCUUACACAGAAGUCAUUGUUAUCUCAUACUUCACAGGUGGAUAAAACAGAACAUAAGAGAAUAUCUACCAGUGCAAUGCCACCUAAAAGUAACAUGUCACCCUCAUCUUUGUUAAUCAAGGUGGAGUCACAAAUGUCUACUUCAGGGUCACAACAAAAUACCUCAGGUAAAUCAGAAUCUCACAACUUACGUUUAGUGACUGGUAGUUCUCAAGCGUCACAGGGCUUAACAUGUGCUUUAGAUCUGAAAAAGCCUAGUACUGUUUUCCAUGUUAAGUCUGAUACUGUAGAUCCAACUAACUCUUCAUCAAAGGUUGUGAAAGACCUGUUUGCUGAACCAGACAAUGAUCAUAAAUACUCUGUAGCCAAUUCUUCCCCUGAAAAGAAGGAGGGAGCCUCUUUUUCACAUUCUGUCACAAUGUCAUCAAAAUUGCAGCCAAAUUUCCCAUUGAAUUCUGAAACAAGUACAGCUAAAGAACAAACAUUGGAUAUUGGCUCUACGAAAGCAUUGUCUCAGGUUCAACAAGGUCAGGGGUCAGUGUCAGCCUCAGGUCAUCUCAAGGUCACACCACAGGGAUUGAAGAUUGUUGGGAAAGGGACAAUAGAAGGCUAUCAGGGAAAAUCUCCCCCAAGUACGCCACAGAAAAUGACCACAUUGCUACAAAAUCAAGGAAAAGUUCAGACCAGUGGUCAGGGGAUCGUAUCACAGUCGGUAACAUCAACGACUAAUUCCCUAGGAACCUUAUUACAGACCUCUGUAGCUCCUUCCCGUGGAGUUGGAAUUAAAAACGAAUGGUUAACACAAAUGAAAGGUCUUGAUAACGCUCAUGUGGAAACAGCUACAAAAAAGGUUGAAACACAAAGUUUGCUUACGGGUAAAACUCUGCUAACAUUCAACAAUGUUUCAAAGUCAACGCAUAGUGUGUCAAUAGCACCAAAAUCAAAACAACUCUUACCUAAUUCAGACAGAAAAACCGUGGUAAAAUUACUAAAUGGACAGUCUAUAGAGUCUUGUAUUGGGGAUAAAACCUCAUUACUCUCAGGAGAAACAACGCGGGCUAUUCCUUCUGUGGCGUCAUGCAUAACAACUGCCAGUACUCAACAACCGAUAAUGACCUUUACUUCAUCUAGAGAUCAAGAUGUAAAGAAUCCACUGAAAAGCGAUUCAACAAAGACAUCCAGUUUUUCACAAGGCAAUCAAGGUAAAACAGUGAUGGCUACCAUUGGUACACAGAAGCUGUUGAUACAUGUACCGGAACUGAAUCCUGUCAGAGAUGACGGACAGCAGAUGGCCAAUUUUGAGAAAUCUCCUUGGCUUGAUGGAAAUGUAAACAAUAAAUACUUCAUUCAGGAUGAUAUAUCUCUAAAUAAACAGAAGAAAAUUAUUUCUACGAAAAAAAAGAAAUGUUACGAGACCGCACCCUUCAAACCAUCAGAAGUCCCAGUCCUAAGUGUGGAAGGCUUCCAUGAUUUGCUGUCUUUGGUGAAGGCAGCAGUGAGGAGACAUCCAGUGAUUUGUGAGACAGUGGAUCGCAGUCUCCAUCCAUACUGUGCAAGAUCUUCAGAAGAAUGGCUGUCUUGGAAUGUUGGCAAACGUCGAGCUUCAGAGUGGCAAAGGGCAUCUUCUGCCAGGAAAUUUCUGUUGAAGAGUCUCAAUGGUGCAACGUCAUUCAAGGGGGAGUCACUCUGGACAACCAAACAGAUCAUGGUUUGGUGUAGAAACCAUGUCUAUAGUCCACACUUUCUAGAGAAAACACUGCAUCCGUCCCCUGUGGAACUUAGUGCUGAUUCCAGUAUGCUGGGUAAAAGAUAUACAUCAGCAACAGACUCGGACGUUGUCUUGUCACACAUUAGGGAAAUAGAUGCUGCUAAUGAUGCAGACCUUUCAGAUGAGAAGGAAGUUGAUAUAAUUUCUGUGGAGCUUGCAAAAGUAAAGGUGAAAGCAGAGGUGACAAAAGAGCUGGUAUACUGUGAUCCGAUCGUCCUGCCUCCAUCAAGACAGGCUCGGUUUGUCCAGGACCUAUCUACAAAAAUUGGGGUGAAAUUUGAGCCGUCAGAGAUUGACAGAGAGAUUCAUGGGUCUGUAGCAGAAGAUAUGAUAUUCUCUGCCAUGAAGACCUUCAUGAGUGAUAUGCUAAGAGAGACAUAUUCUAUGAAAGUAAAUUUGGGAAGGUAUGCAGACAGCAUUGGAGUUGGUGAUGUUUAUCGCACACUGGACAGGAUAUCCGAGACAGAUUUCCUUACAAAUCAUCACCUUGGUGUUCAAGCUUCUAAUCCCAUUUCUUCACCUGCCAAGAGAUGACAACAGCAAAAGAUUGGAAAAUAACAGCUUCACUAUUAAAACACUUUUAGAAUCCUAGAGACCAUUUCAUCAUUACUUCUACACUGCACAAUUUACUGCUAAAUAUUAGGGGAAAUCUCACACUCCCCAAGGACAAAUACACUCUAAAGGUAAAUUUCUGCUAAAUAUUAGGGGAAAUCUCACACUCCCCAAGGACAAAUACACUCUAAAGGUAAAUUUCUGCUAAAUAUUAGGGGAAAUCUCACACUCCUCAAGGGCAAUACACUCUAAAGGUAAAUUUCUGCUAAAUAUUAGGGGAAAUCUCACACUCCCCAAGGACAAAUACACUCUAAAGGUAAAUUUCUGCUAAAUAUUAGGGGAAAUCUCACACUCCUCAAGGGCAAUACACUCUAAAGGUAAAUUUCUGCUAAAUAUUAGGGGAAAUCUCACACUCCCCAAGGUGUACACUCUAAAGGUAAAUUUCUGCUAAAUAUUAGGGGAAAUCUCACACUCCCCAAGGUGUACACUCUAAAGGUAAAUUUCUGCUAAAUAUUAGGGGAAAUCUCGCACUCCUCAAGGGCAAUACACUCUAAAGGUAAAUUUCUGCUAAAUAUUAGGGAAGAUCUCACACUCCCCAAGGGCAAUACACUCUAAAGGUAAAUUUCUGCUAAAUAUUAGGGGAAAUCUCACACUCCUCAAGGGCAAUACACUCUAAAGGUAAAUUUCUGCUAAAUAUUAGGGGAAAUCUCACACUCCUCAAGGGCAAUACACUCUAAAGGUAAAUUUCUGCUAAAUAUUAGGGGAAAUCUCACACUCCUCAAGGGCAAUACACUCUAAAGGUAAAUUUCUGCUAAAUAUUAGGGGAAAUCUCACACUCCUCAAGGGCAAUACACUCUAAAGGUAAAUUUCUGCUAAAUAUUAGGGGAAAUCUCACACUCCUCAAGGGCAAUACACUCUAAAGGUAAAUUUCUUUUAAACAUUUAAGGAAUAAGUCCUGGCUAAACCUUUGAAAGGACAUCUUUUACAUUAUUGGGAAUGAUUUGUGUGAUAACGUGCACUCUGUAAUGCCGAUAUCUACAUUCUUGAGGAGAAAAAAUAUUGUUUAAU